ACUCGUCUCCUAUGCUCAUAUUUGGACUCGGCCGCCCGUGCCCAGGAAUUUCCCGUCAUGCCUCCCGCCGCCCCGUCUGUCGCCCGGAGCCGGGAGGGAGGAGGGAGUCGGACAGCGGCGGCUGCUCGUCCUCCCCGGAGUGCGCGGCGGACCCUCCCGCGCCCUCUCGCGCUCUGCCUCGGCCUCUGCCUGGCCACGGCCACCGCGCUGCCCGGGUUUCUCUAUGGAACAAGCCCUGCUGUUUUGUAGACCUGGGAUCUCACAGAACUCUGCCUCCCGAACGCUGGGGUCAAAGGUUUGUUGCUGAAGAUAUCACAGUGAUGUCUGCAUUCAACCUGCUGCACUUGGUGACAAAGAGCCAGCCCGUGGCCCUGCGAGCCUGUGGGCUGCCCUCAGGGUCAUGUAGGGAUAAAAAGAACUGUAAGGUGGUCUUUUCCCAGCAGGAACUGAGGAAGCGGCUGACUCCCCUACAGUACCAUGUCACUCAGGAGAAAGGCACGGAAAGCGCCUUUGAAGGAGAAUACACACAUCACAAAGACCCUGGAAUAUAUAAGUGUGUUGUCUGUGGAACUCCAUUGUUCAAGUCAGAAACCAAAUUUGACUCUGGUUCAGGCUGGCCUUCCUUUCAUGAUGUGAUCAGUUCUGAGGCCAUCGAGCUCACUGACGACUUCUCCUACGGGAUGCACAGGGUGGAAACAAGCUGUUCUCAGUGUGGUGCUCAUCUUGGGCACAUUUUUGACGAUGGGCCUCGUCCGACUGGCAAAAGAUAUUGCAUCAACUCAGCAUCGUUGUCCUUCAGCCCUGCAGACAGCACUGAGGCGGAAGGAGGUGGUGGCAGAGAGAGCGGCAGCCCAGCGGUGGCGGACAGAGCUGAGCUGUAGGAUCGGGGCGCCAGCUGCAGGAUCCGGUGGAAACAAAGUGUACUUAACGCACAGCUGAUCGAAAAACCAAAAACGGUUUCUCUUAACAGAGCUAUUUUUUCAGACGCUAUCAGGGCAGUGUAUGCUGUUGAAAUUGUAUUUUCUUUUUUUUUCUUUUUUUUUUUUGUUCAGAUGGGAGUUCUGCCCAUUCGUGUAUUCUGCUGUUGACUAGGUCCAGAACUGUGUGUAGGUCUUGCAAAUGGAGAUAGCUUUGUGCAGCCUCUUCCCAAGCCUCCGAGUAGCCUCGGGAGCAUUGUUUUAUUCCUGCACACACCUUCCGUUAAGCCUUGUUGUUCUAGGCACCCCCUUCUGACUUCGAGGUGGGAGCUGUUUGGUGAAAUCAGAGAACUAGUGCUCAGGGGAGGGGAGCAGAGCCGGGAAAGGCAGGGCAUCCAGACAUGUGGCCUUACGGUAAAGAUGGAGUGCUGUCUUAGAUUUCUAGGCUCUGUGGAAAGUCUGAGCUAAGGUUUUUUCUCACUAAAAGGGUGUGAAGGUCUAAAGUCUUUCCUCAUGUUAGAUUGUUGCCAGAUCUGAGAGGGCUCGCUGGGGGUUGCAGCAGAGACGUAAACAUUACCUCGUGGGCAGGUCUUUAUUUUAUAUUAUUUUCCAUUGAAAACAGGGGAAUGUAAGACAACUGUAAAACGCUGCUUUCGGGUUUUGUCCAAAGUUCACAAGGAAGAAGGCUUGCCUAUUGCCUUUGUAAAAGCCUUUCUCUGCACACCUCAUGGGAAUGACAUCUGGGAGAGCAUUUUGGAAGAUUCCCCAGUGCAAAAUAAAAUGUUGGGACAACACACUUCACCAAGAUGGUAGAAAAGGGAAAGGUCAGAGAAGAACAAACGUGUAGUCUUGGGUACUGAAUAAUCUCACGCUUCGCAGAAGGGUCCGCAGGAUCUUACUGGUACCACACCUAAACCAAACUUCUCCAUAGCAUCAGGAGGCCCAAGCAAAGAUGUUGGGCAUUAAGGCAGAAUAGUCAGGCCCAAACUCCACACCUCACUGUGCGUAUGAGGGACAAGCCAUUUAACCCGAUGUGCCUAUAUCUUCAUGUCCACAAUAGGCCUCAUAUAUUUAUGAAAUAUAUUGCUACUCUCAGGGCAAAAUUUACUAUAUUGCUGUACAAAUAAGAUCAGUAUGGUAAAAUCACACUGAUCUGGUUGUAAUGCCCCACCCCUAACCCCUGCAAGGCCACAAAGCAGGCAUUUACAAUGGAAAGAAGCAGAGGUGGACUCGGUUGAUGGGUAUGGAAACAGUUAGGCAAAGCCAGACCUUUCUCUUGUGGCAGUAUGGCAGGUUUUGCUUGGAGAAGCUCUGUGUGGUUGCUUGAGGUUUUCACAGGGCUGAACAAAGGUGAUAGAAGUUAACAGUGCUUGUCUCACAAGGGAGCACUGUGAUUUUGAAUGCUAGUCUUGAACUGCGGCUUUAAAAGAUACUUAGGUUUCUAAAUUUUUAAUGAAGAUCAGCAUCUUUCCUUCUGAGCACCGAAGACAGUGAGAGCAGACAUGUGAUUCUGUCGACCUGGUGGGAAGCAAUAAAAAGAUGGGACAAGUCAGGUGAGAGCACCAUGUCUAGGAGUUUCUGGCCUUCUCCAGGCACCUCCUGGAGGGCCUGCCAUCCUGGUGAGUCUCCAUCAUUACCCACUUCUAGAGAAGUUCAGGCUCUUAACCUGGACAAACAGGAAAGUCACCUGAGCAAUCACGGUUCCCUGAACCCACAUGUUUCACCCCAAGCUUAGGUCUACUCUGGACCUCACAGGUUUCUCUCUUCUCUAGAAACAAGGGGAAAGUCCAGACUUCUAUAAGGGUCUUCAUAACACCAUGAAGGAUCCCAUGUAGGGCAGCCAAGGACAGACAUGGGUCUCACCCACAGCUUGACAUCUGUCCUUCAGAGACACACACAGCCCUUUCUGUCCACUCCUUUCUAUGUGGUGCCCUCCUCUGGGUCCCUAUGACAUAAGCUACAGUGUUGGAGUAGACAAAGAAGACAAAUGAGGAGUUUCUCUUUCCCUACAGACUCCGGUUGCUGCUCUUCCUAUAGCAUUAAACACACACACACACAUACACACACACACACACACACACACACACACACACCUUGACCCAUAACAAUAACAAAACCCUUGUUUUUUCAAAAAACUUUUACUGUUUUGUUUUUUAACAAAAGCCAGCUUUUUCCAGCACCAACUUUUAAAAAGUAUGGAACAUCCAUUGAAAGAAAGAAAAAAAGAAAGAUGUGUGCAUGCAGUUUAAUUCCAGAUUGCCUUUUUGGGGGGCUUAAGUGGUUUCAAAUUUCAAUAUAUUUCUGUCUUAUGUUAAAGAAAUAUAUUGCUAAAAUGUCAGUGAGCAAUAAUGUCAGCUGUCGAGCACUAGAUUUACUUUCGCAGGAUAUGGAGUGCGGUGAACCAAGGCAAUAUGGUGAGGUGUAUGUGAUCUGUGGGAGUGCUGCCAUUCAGCACAGGAGAUGCGUGGUCCCCCCUGCCCGCAUCCCAGCCCUCACUGCACCACUGGGCAAUGCAGAGAUGUGCUGGGAGGCAGGAAGUAUGUCCAUAUGAGCAUGUUGGGCAGACCAGAAGGAAGAAGCAGCAGCAGCAGCAGCAGCAGCAGCGAGUGUAUUCCUGAGCAUUUAAACUCUUCACUUCUAUGUACUUACCGCCUUUAAUGCAAAUGACGUAGCAGCUGGAACAAAGCCUCUCCGAGGCAGCUAUCUUGCUGUCAGAAUGAAAACGAUGGAAGCCAGCACCAUUUGUUUGGAAGAUUGUGUAGGUUUUUGACCCAGAAAGCUUUUUAAUAACUUUCUCCUAAUAGUUUAACUCUUUUGAAAAGUGACAUGAAAGCCUUUUCCAAUAUUUGUUGUAUACGGGAAUUAGGUAAUAAAGUUUCUUUAUAAAAAUGUC